AUGCUGUUCUACAGCGUCGCCGCCCUCACGUCUGCACUGCAGCUCAUCACUGGCUGCGCCAUGCUCUCGACGCUGUUCGCGGUGCCGGUGCUGCUGCUGCCGCUGCCGCCGGCCACCAUGCUGUUCUACAGCGUCGCUGCCCUCACGUCUGCACUGCAGUUCAUCACUGGCUGCGCCAUGCUCUGCGGACUGUUCCAAAAGCGUCCCAGCCUCAUGCAACCGUGGCUGCUCCUCACGUGGACCGUCUGCGGCGGCCUGCUCCUCCUCUCCAGCGCGGGGACGGUCCUCAUGUACAUCAGCGGCGACGUCCGCGACAGCUACGUCACCUCUAUCUAUUCUCUUUAUUCCAUGUUACUGCUCUACUUGGCAGUGGUGGUUCGAAGUCGGCGGGAGGAGCUGCUGGAUGAAAUCCAGUGGGACUCGGGCAAGCGGCUCAUGAGGCCUGUCGCAAUCGAAAAGAAUCUCUACGUGUAGUGACUGAAGAUUCAAAUUCGUUGGGAAUCAUCAAAGCUAGUGGAGUCAGUUAUUUCAGUCAAUAGUCAAACGAGACUAUGUAUUUAUAGAUUGAAGGAGAAAUUGAAUCGUGGGGGUAGUAUAAGUCGGUAUAAU